AUGAGGCAGGUGCAGUACUCCACGUACCACGGCGGCAGUAAGACACUGGAGUGCGUGGAGGUACCAAUUCCGAAGCCCAAGGCGGGCGAGCUGCUGGUGAAGGUGGAGGCGAUCAGCGUCAAUCCGGUGGACUGGCGUAUCCAGGAUGGCUUUAUGAAGCACAUUCUUCCUCCCAAGUUCCCAUUUGUCCCUGGCACUGAUGUUGCAGGUGAGGUCGUUACUUUGGGCCCUGGCGUCACGGGAUUCGACCUCGGCAACAAGUUCGUUGCGUACAUCCACAUUCUAAAGGGGGGAGGAUUUGCGGAGUACGCUGUCGCAUCGGCAUCAAGAACAGUAGUGCCGCCACCAGGGGUAUCAGCAUCGGAAGGCGCAUCGGCCGUGGUGGCUGGUUACACAGCGCUUCAAAGUGCCCGGCAAAUGGGCAUCAAGAGCUUCGCAGGCGGCAGCGAGCACCUCAACGUUCUGAUUGUCGGCGCGUCGGGGGGCGUGGGCAUCAUCCUCCUUCAGCUCGUAAAGCUGGCGGGGGAUCGCAGCAUGGAGCUAAUGAGGAACCUGGCAGCCGACGAGGUGCUAGACUACCGAACUCCUCAAGGCGCAACCUACACCAGUCCCUCAGGAAGAAAAUACCACAUCGUCCUGAACUGCGCCCACUUUGUCCCCUUGUCCAACUUCGCCGCGGAGCUGCAACCUGAUGCAAAAGUGCUAGACAUGACGCCCACCUGGGCUAGCAUCAUCGCCGCCAUGUUCAACAGAAUAUCGAUGCGAAGCCCUCAUAGAUUCGAAAACUUCUACAUGAUGGAUAAUGGGGAGGAUUUGGAGACUAUUGUCGAGCUGAUGCGAGCGGGGAAAGUGAAGGCAAUGGUGGAUUCCAUCUUCCCGCUUUGCAAAGCGGACGACGCGUGGGAUCACAGCAUGCAGCGGCGGUGCACCGGUAAAGUCAUAGUGUGCUCAUGUCUAUGGGGAAUCAGUGGGUCACGCAGCAUGAGUUCCUGCAGCUGCUUCACCUGAAGCUUUACCUCAAAGGUGCUCUCCAUGCAACCCUAAUCCCUGAACCCUAUUCAUUCCUUUCCAAGGUUUGGGUCUUCAUGUGCUCUUGUUGCACUUCCAAUUCCACAUGUUGCACUCUGUGUGCCACCAAAUUCCCUGACACUUCAUCAUUCUCUUCUAGUUCACCUGGAACUUGCUUCUUAAACUUUCGCUCUUGUUUGAUUUUUGCAUAGGAAAGCUUCUAAUGGACUUGAACAUAAGUGAGCAUUUAACCUAAAUAAGUCCUUUUUUUUGUAUGAAAUUCAUACCAAUGCAGUACUUUAUUAUCUUGUAUUU